UCAUUUGUUUUGUUCAUUUAGAGUCGCGUAGCGGCGUUGCUAAUGGCCAGCUAUGCAACUGGUAAUGACUUAACGUUUGUUAAUACGUGAUUUGUUAGCUGCAUUUAUCAAAUGGGUUGCAUUAAAAAACUCUUUCGGUAUUCGAGUUCGGUCAGAAGUCCCCAGAGCUUGAGAAACGUGCACACGAUGAUCUUUGCAGCCGGGUUGCACAUUAUGCCAAGCCGCGGAUGCGGUGAUGCCGGAGAGGCCCAUUAAACGCAGUUGAAGGAGAAAACAUUACUUCUUAAGGCGAAAUUACGUCCUAGAUAGAUAACGAUGCCCACAUUCUGCUGCUGAGGAGAGAGCACCACGAUGAAGAGACAGUAGGCACCCACCAUAGUAUGGCCGCGUCCCGUUCUUCGCGAGUCACAAGAUCAUCAGUGGGGAUAAAUGGAUUGGAUGAAAAUUUUUGUGGUCGAACCCUCAGGAAUCGCAGCAUCGCCCAGCCAGAAGAGAGCUCUUCACCUCCUGCGCCCAGAGCCCGCUCGCCCAAGAAGAAACAGGACUGUCAGCAGCACCAGCAGUCCGGAGCGCAGGUCGGAAAGGUAGCCGAAAGCAAAGCGGAGAGUGAGCCCCUGCCCGUCUACGGAAAACGGGGCUUGCCAUGUUCUGAGAAAGACGAGUCAGAGAAAUCGGACAACUGCGAACGGUCAAGGGCUGGGGGUGGGCCAGAAGCCUCCCCCGCCCUGAAGAGGGCCAAACGGUGCCCUCGCUCAGGUGAAUCGCAUGGAGUAGAGGAAGGAGCUCCUCUUAAACCGGACAGCCCUGAUCCUGCUGCAUCGAAGGAAAAUGACGAGGAACCAAAAUCGAACACGUCCUCGAUCCCUCGGCCUGGCUUCGACAAAGAGGAGCAGAAAGACGACGGCCCAGCAGAGGAUGUUAUUCCUCCACUGCAGGCUAGUGAGAACGUCAAGGCUACGAAUGGCCUCUCUGAACUCCACAAAGAGAACUCCGAAGUUGCAGCCUUACCUGCGGAGCCCUGUGCCUCCUCUGCCACGCUCAACAACAGUCUGUCACUGUUAAAUGGCAGCCAGGCUUUGCCCUCAUUCCCAGACCCUACUGUGCCUUGUAGAUCCCCUCAUCCCAAGCAAGCCAAUGAGUCCGACAGCCCUCAGAUUGACUGUGAAUGGAAUAGCACGCCAGAAGAAGCCACCGAGGCCGUGCUGUCCCGGGAACCUGAGAUGGAGGUGGAGGUGGACGUCGUGGGGGACGCCAGCCAGGCCCAGGAUGAGAGCACCAAUGGCAGCUUUCAGGCCGAGCCGCAGGACCCUUCUGACGACUGCUCGAAUAUCUCAGGAGAAACGGUGGCAGGGAAUUCCUCCCAGCCAUCCGUGGAGCCCCCCUCCUUCACGGAGCCUCAAGAACACAGAUACACCCUGAGGACUUCACCACGCCGCGCUGCCUGUGGUAGUGGGCUCAAAGCCAGCUCCCCCAAACCCAGUUCCCCACACAUAGACAAUGGUUUGCUGAAGGAGGAGGCCACAAUGGUUCCUCUUUCCUCAGAGGAGGUCAGCCAUAAGGAUUCUUCCCAUCAUGCACUGGGACUUUCUUGCGAGGCAGACAAAGAACUCUCACUGAAAGCAGGGGUCAGUGGAGAAGUUGGCAUUUCAGAUAGUACAGUGUCCAGAUCCACCAAAGAGCUGUUGGCCAGUCAGGUUGAGGAGGAUGAGGAGGAAGAGGAGGAUCCAGAUGUGUACUAUUUUGAGUCUGAUCACUUGGCGCUCAAACACAACAAAGAUUAUCAGAGGUUGCUCCAAACCGUAAGCGUCUUGGAGGCCCAGCGAACUCAAGCCAUCAUGGACCUGGAAACUCUGGCACGGCAUCAGAAGGAGGGCCUGGCUGAUCCAAUCACCUUUGUGGACCAGCUACAGAAACAGGUGGAGAUGGGACUGCCCCGUCCGCAGAGAGUGGUCCAGCUCCCAGACAUUGCAUGGGACCAAUACACCUCAGGCUGCGGGGAUUUUGAAAGAGAGUUCUGCGACAAGAAGCGCAAAACACGGCAAUUGCAGUUAAUCUUCGAUCAAGUGGUUCUGCCUGCUCGACCAAAAAGUCCCGUGGAUUCCAAGAAGGAAGGUGAUUCCUCAUCCAUAUACUCAUCCUCUCUACCGUCAAGUGACGGUCCGGAACACAGCAUGUCCAGUAGCAGAACUCAGAUGAUCAGAGGGAGAAUGUGCAACCAGAACAAACCUGACACCUUUAACCAGUUGUGGACUGUUGAAGAGCAGAAAAGAUUGGAGCAGCUGCUUUUAAAGUUCCCACCGGAGGAGGUCGAGUCUAAACGCUGGCAGAAGAUUGCAGAUGAACUUGGCAACAGAACUGCCAAACAGGUUGCCAGCAGGGUACAGAAAUACUUCAUUAAACUGACAAAAGCUGGUAUUCCAGUACCAGGAAGAACGCCCAAUGUGUGCAUGUACAGCAAAAAGGCCUCCAGUAAGCGACAGCACCAUCUCAAUAAACAUUUGUACAGGCCCUCAACGUUUCUCACCUCAUACGAGCCGCCCGUCUACAUGGAUGAUGAGGAUGAACGUUCAUACUACUACAACAGCCUACAGGAUAACGGUGCAGAUGAUUCUGAUGAGGACGGGGUUCCUGUGGAGCUGAGACAUCUGCCAGAGUACAAGGAGCUUCUGGAACUGAAGAAACUGAAGAAGCAGAAACUACAAGAGAUCCAUGCUGAGAGCGCUCUCACACAACACAUUGGCUAUAAGUGUGACAUGUGUGGAAUGGAGCCCAUCCAGGGUGUGCGGUGGCACUGCCAGGACUGCUUGCAGGACAACGCCGUGGACUUCUGCAGUACCUGCUCAGACUGUCCGUUUAAAACCGAGACCCACAAGCCCACACACAGGCUGGAGCCGGUCUACCAGGUCGAAACUUUUCUGGACAAGGACUACUGUUUACCGCAAAAUACAGGCUACAACUACCUGGACCCCAACUACUACCCUGCCAACAGAUGACAGGGACGAGCUCCGGCGCUAAAAUCCAGGGCUGGGCUGCAGUUCCCAGGGCAUUCUGUGCAUGGCUCCAUCAUCCAAGUCAAAGAAAUGCUUAAGUCUGGGCAGGAGGGUACCGCAGAUGGGCCGCACCUCACCACCUCCGACCCACUGCUGGAGGGGGGGAUGGAUUGAUGGGGGGGUUCGUGGGAGGGAGGGGGCAGCACCCUGCUGCUGUUGUCAAACCUUACCGGGUCUCCUCAAGUAACACACAAUGUCAAAGAAAAGAGGAAAGAAAAGGCACACCGACAUUCCCAAUCCCAGGACAUUUAGAAGGCAACCCGACUUCACCCUUUGUUCCACUGUUUGAGCGACAGAUGUCAGAUCACCCAGACAAGCGGCUGAACGAGCCGUCAAACUUUGACAGGGGCGGAUUCGUCGGUGGGAGGGGUGGGGGUUGCGUCAAAGUGCAAAGUGUCGUCUGUAGUUGAAAUAUUUAUAAGUGAAGCUUUUUGUGUGAGCUCUCUUUUCGUGAGUUGGAAGUAGAAGGAAAGGAACUUGGUGCUGAGACUGUCGUCUUUGAUUCAUACCAGGUUUUUAAAAAAUUGCGAGGUUCACUCACAAUUCAGAUGUCUGGGGGGACUACAAUCCCAGCUGACUUACCCCAUACGUGUCUCUAGCCAUGGGCUACCAAUUUCACUAGAAAGCUGCUCUUUGUUUCCUCUUACAACCGUUACAUGAUGUUGUCACUUUAUUUCUGUUAACUUCUUGGUUUUUUAAAACUCUGAAUAAAACCCCAUUCCUCUUAACCCAAUAGGUUCCCAAACCUAAAAGCACUACAGCACGGAGAAGACCAGCUGAGAUUUGGAAGGCGUUAUUGCGCUCUCUAUGGUAGUAGAGAGUUUUCUUUUUUCUCAAUGUGUACUGUUGUUGACCAUGUGGAGUAUACAAAUAUAUGGUGAAAAGUAGCCAGUGGUAGUUGCCGUGUGCCAUUUUUUUCCUGUCCAGUUGAUUCAAACUCGGCCACUUGUUUUAGAUGAAGAAAAUAAAGAACUGGUGGCACAGUCCCCCUCUGUGGAAAAACUGCCCGACCAUCGUCACGCCCUCUAAUUUUCCUCACGGUCCAUGAAAAGAUUGUAUUUUUAUUAAUCUAUUUAAAGAAGGACAUAACUGAAGAAAUCAAGUCGAUGGAGGGUGCCGCACAUGGUGCUCUCACGUUAUUUUAUACACAUAAAUUUCGUUGUGCUUUGAGUAGACCAUUUUGUAUUGGGUUCGGUUAUGUUCACCUCCCCUACCUUGACCUGCUUCAGUAUGUGUAUAACAGUCUGUUCUUAAAUAACGUAAAAAAUGUUAGAGGAGAACUGUGGAAAUAAAAGUAUGUGAAAAGUCUUUCUACA